AUGACUACCAUAGAAGAUAAUAAAGCUAUCAAGAAGAGAAAAAGACCAAGUUUGGUAUGUGAGAGCUGUAAGAAGAAGAAAAUCAAGUGUGAUAAAGGCCAGCCUUGUAAUCAAUGUAUCAAGUCCAAUAUCACUGCAACUUGUCGUUAUGAUUCUGAAGGUAUAGCUAUUAAUAAUGCUGCUGAACAAAAAUCAAAAGCUUUACCAUAUGUUGCAAGUGCUAAGAAUCCUAUACCAUUAUUCCUGAGAUCAAAUAAUGCAUAUAAACCAAUUCCAAGGGUCGAACCACUUACGCUGGCACAAAAUAGAGCAAAGUCUAUUAAUGUAUCCAUUAGUGAGUUUAAUUUCUUGAAACAAAGAUUACAACAAAUUGAAGCAAAUAUGUUAAAUAAAGAAAAAUCUAUUUCACCUCCUCAACCAAAUCAAACUAAUGAAAUGGAAUUUCCUCAACCUACAAAUUCAUUCAAUAUGCUUCCACCUACUCCUACUCCAGUGGUUAGUCAUUUAAACUCUCUUGGUCCUCAAUAUAGCAACCCGCCACCUCCUCCACAAACUUCGACAUUUAGGAGUUCAAUUCAACUUCCACCAUUGCAAUUUAAUCGUAGUUUAUCUCCACAAUCAUCCACUGUUAGUCAACAACUUAGUAAAUCGAGUCCUUUUGAAACAGGUAUUAAGUCAAGUAUUGUGUCCCCUGGAUCAGCUCUUUCUAUCAAAUUGAAUAAUGCUACUGAUUCAAGUUCAUUAAUAGGUAUUCAUCCAUAUGCCAAUGGUACAGAUUAUAUUAAUUUCUUUGAUGAUUAUACCUCGAUUCAUAUUAAAGAACCAUCUCGAAGAAUUAAUUUUGGUCCUUUCGCAUGGUCAUCAGCCAUGAAGAAAGAUGCUGGGUUAAGUAUACUUUGGGAUUAUGUGAGUGAUAAAAACGAUGAUAAAACUAUGACAGCUACAGUUUUUACUCAAAAUGAACAUGAAAUUACGGCUGAGAAUACCAAUGUCAUUACUACUGCUUCGUCAGAUGGUAGUGAGUUAGAACUGACAUUUAAAAAACGUGCUUUGGAAACUGAUGGUUAUGGUGAUAUCCUUCCUUAUAAUGCUAUUUUAAAAGCUAGAGUAGAUAAGAAUCGUCAAAGAUCAAAAUUAAAUGAAAAUGCUUUACCAUUAGGAUUAACGUUUUAUGAUGGACAAAUUGAUCGUGAAUUACAAUUGAUUGAAAAGAUUAAAAUCAUCUUACCAGAAAAGAAGGUUAUUUGGAAAUUAAUUAAGAGAUAUUUCACUUGGUUAUAUCCAUUCAUGCCAUUCAUGGAUGAAGAAUGUUUCACGAUGAAGAUGAAUAAUAUCAUUGGUCCUGAAUCAGAUGAACAUGUUAAAGUUGCUGAUGUUAAGAUUGAGAAAAGAUUGGAUUUAGCAUAUGUGGGUAUUUUAUUAGUAAUUUUAAGAUUAUCAUAUUUAACUUUAUUUUUCAAUGAUAAUAUGAAGAAUGAAUCAAAUUUAACUACUGAUGAUCCAUCCCCCAAAGCUCAAGAAUUAAAAUAUCUUUUAUCAAACCCGAUCAAUAUCAAUACUAUUGAUGUAGCUGAAUUAUGUCUUGAUCAAUUCCAAUUAUUAAGAAAGACUUCAUUCCCUAUUUUCCAAUUAGCAUUUUAUUUAAGAUUAUAUCAUUUAUAUGCUCCUGAAGAUGGUGAUGGUGCCGAUGGUGGAGAUUCUCAAGUAUUAAAUGCUAUAUUAAUUCAAAUGGCUUAUUCAUUGGGUCUUAAUCGUGAUCCCGAUAAUUUCAGCGAUGUAUUAAAUGAUAAGAAAAUCAAUCAAACCGGGAGAAAAAUGUGGCAUUUCUUAGUUUUAAGUGAUUUAUAUCAAGGUUAUACUUUUGGUAAUCCGAUUAAUAUUAAUCCUAUGAGUUAUGAUACCAAAGUUCCUGUUUAUGAAAAGGGAGCAGAAAACAUUAGUGAUGUUGUAUUGGAUAAAUUUGUCACUGAAUCCUAUUUUCAUUGUAGUAAGAUGAAUUUCCAUGUUCGAAAUAUAUUAGAAAUGGUAUUGAAUGUGAAUCAAGGAGCAAAUAUGGCUGAAUUAUGUAAAUCAUUGGAUGCAUUUGAACUUAUGAUUGAUGAUCAAUAUGGUACUUUGGAUGAUUGUUUAAAACCAUUAGGACAACAAGGUCUUGAUCAUGCUAAUGUAUUCACAAGAAAUUUCAGAACUAAAUACUAUCUUUCAUUAAAAACAUUUUGUAUCACCAUUUAUUACAACUUUUAUCUUUAUUAUGAAAGAAAGAAUGUUGAAUUGGCUUAUUUUUAUUUAAAGAAGAUUUUAUUAAUAUCUGCUACUGAUAUCAUGCCGCAUUAUUUUGAUUUAUUAGGAAAUUCAGAAAUCAUUUGUGAUUUUAUUAUUAAUCCUGUCUUGGAACAUAUCAUUCAUAAGAGUAAUCAAUUCAAUUUAGCUUUGAUUAUCAGAGUUAAUUUCAUCAUAUAUCAUUUAAAGAAUCAACCCGAACAUAUGGCUAAAAUGUCGUAUGAUUCGAAAUAUUCUCUUUAUUAUAAGGAUUUAUGUCGAUAUUCUUCAUGUUUAACUAGAUCAGCUGAAAUUUCAAUUGCAGCUGUUUCUAAGAUAAGUAAUCGUUAUUAUUAUGCAUGGAGAAUAACCAAAGGUCAUACUUAUUUAUUAAAGACGGUUACUAGUAUGCAAUUUUAUGAUGAUAAUUAUGCAAAAGCAGGUAAUUUAUGUGUACCACUUUUCACUUUAGAACAAAUGGAAGAAAUGAUUGAUAUUUGUGAAAGAAUGUUAUUGAAAUUAGGUAAAGUAAAAUCAAAUGCUCAUAAAUUCUGUGAUACCUUUAAUCCAAGUCCUGGAGAUAGUUCUGUCAAAUCAGAUUCACCAUCUACUAGAUAUAAUAGUACAUCAAUUUCAACUAAUGGUACUAAUUAUAAAGAGAAACAAAAUAAUAUUUCAAUGGAAAAUGUUGAUAAUGCUGAAAUUGAUAAAUUAUGGUUUCAAAUGUUAGCUAUGAAAUAUGAUGUUAAUAAGAAUUAUGAUGAGAAUAUGACACUUCAAAAUACAGAUGGUAGAAGACAAAGUCAUAAUUUUCCUGGUUUACUUCCUGGAAGUCCAAGUGCAGGAUUAAAUUAUGGUAAUGCAUCUGUUAGUAAUGUCAAUUCGCCAUUUGGUCCAGGUGGACCUGAAUUCCCACUGUUUGGAGCUGAUUUAGAUCGACUUGGAUUUGAUGCAGAACAAGCCAAUCAAUUUGAUAUUUUCAGUGAAUUACCAUUUGAAAGAGUAUUUAAUAGAUCAGAAAAUUAA